AUGGCCAAGAUCUGUGACUUCACGGAGGAUCAGGUUGCUGAGUUCAAGGAGGCCUUCCAGCUGUUUGACUGCACCAGGGAUGGAAAGAUCCUAUACAGCCAAUGUGGGGAUGUGAUGUGGUCCCUGGGCCAGAACCCCACCAAUUCUGAGGUGCUCAAGGUCUUAGGGAAUCCCAAGAGUGAUGGGAUGAAUGUGAAGGUGCUGGACUUUGAACACUUUCUGCCAAUGCUGCAGACCGUAGCAAAGAAUAAGGACCAGGGCACAUAUGAAGACUAUGUUGAGGGGCUUCAGGUGUUUGAUAAGGAAGGGAACAGCAUAGUCACGGGGCAUGUUCUCAUCAUUCUGGGUGAGAAGAUGACUGAGGAAGAAGUGGAAGUGUUGGUGGCAGGUCAUGAGGACAGCAACAGUUGUAUCAACUAUGAAGAGCUAGUCCGGAUGGUGCUGAACGGCUGA